AAAGAGAGGGCGUCACAUGGCCGACUGUUAGAAAGAAGAAGGAAAUCUAGCAGAGCUGAGGUUUAGAGUGGUCGUUUACGGCAGACAGUUGUUUGCAUGUUGUUUGGAAAACUUCAAACGGGAUAUUAUUUUUCGAGGCGUGGAAGCAUUUUAUUUCUUCAUGCAAAAAGACCCGAGUACUUCAGACGUAUUUUUGCCGUCUCUAAUGAAUGGUGAGCUUGGUACGGUGUUCCAAGCUUGGAAGAGCAGAUGACUAGGGUGCUUCUGAAUAGUUGGGCUGUUUAGCGCACAAGGAGGACGCAUCUAAAUGUGAUUGCUUUAGGAGGACAGAGCUGUGCAUUGAGUCAGCAAGCUUGGAAAAAUAUACAUACACAUUUAUAAAUCUCGCGCGGAUUUAAUUAUCACACACAAACGAAAAUACACAACAAGAAGACCCUCGCGUUAGGAUGGAGUCGUUUCACACGGAUCAUAUUGCUUUACCAAGGAAUAUGAUUGAAAACAGCAUGUUUGAAGAGGAGCCAGAUGUUGUUGAUCUAGCAAAAGAACCACCUCUCUAUCCUCUAGAACCUGAUGAUGCUGUAUAUGAGCCAAGAAGUUCAAGACUGCUGGUGCGAGGGUUGGGAGAGAAUGAACUUGACGAAGAGGAAGAAGAUUGUGAGUCUUCAGCACGCCUUCUAGGAAUGUCUUUCAUGAACCGGACUUCAAGUCUACGCAACAAUAACUCCUCCUACAUUCGACAGGAAUCUAAUGGUUCUUGUUCUUUUCCAUCAGCUAGAACUUUAUUUGUUGGAGCUUUUGUACUUCUUGUUAUUGCAACUGUUGCUAUGGUGAUAUAUUUUCUUCCAAAAUGUAACUUUACUAAGGAAGGCUGUAACAAAACUGACCAUUCAGUGGAACCUCUGUAUCCCAUUUCGACAAAUGGUAAAAUCUUCCCAUGGACCAAUAUAAGAUUACCUCGGAAUGUUAUUCCAGUUCAUUAUGACAUUUCGCUUCAUCCUGACUUAAUCACUAUGACAUUCAAUGGUUCAGUUACAAUCAAAAUGAAAAUCAUUGAAGAAACUAGGAAUAUUAUACUUCAUAGCUCUGGUCUGUCUCUCAAUGUAAAAUCUUCAAUGGUGGAGGGAACCCACAGAAAAAUCUCUGAGAUGCUUGAGUAUAAACCCUGGGAUCAGAUUGCCCUUGUAUUUCCAGAAGAUCUGCAAAAAGGUCAAACUUGCAUUGUGGAAAUUGAAUUUUCAGCCAAUCUUUCAGAUACCUACAGUGGUUUCUAUAAAAGCUCAUACAAAAACAAGGAUGGUGAGAUCAGGUGGCUUGCUGCCACACAAUUUGAACCAUUAGCUGCAAGGACAGCAUUCCCUUGUUUUGAUGAACCUGAUUUUAAGGCUACUUUUUUAAUUAAAAUAAAACGAGAUGCAAACUAUAUCAGCCUUUCAAACAUGCCAAAGAUACACUCCACUGAGUUACAUGAUGAUAUUGUUGAAGAUGAAUUUGAAAAAAGUGUGAACAUGAGCACCUACUUAGUUGCUUUCAUAGUUGCUGACUUUAAAAGUGUUAGCAAGGAAUUGAAUGGAACCAAGGUUUCUGUGUAUGCUAUUGCUGACAAAAUUGACCAAGUGGAGUAUGCAUUAAAAGCUUCAGUUAAACUCCUGGAAUUUUACAAUGGUUAUUUUCAAAUAAAAUACCCUCUUCAGAAAUUAGAUUUGGUUGCAAUUCCUGAUUUCCAAGCCGGCGCUAUGGAGAACUGGGGCUUGAUAACUUUCAGAGAAACAGCACUUCUCUAUGAUAACACAUCUACAGUACUAGAUAAACAGAGGGUAACUGUAGUAAUUGCACAUGAACUGGCUCAUCAGUGGUUUGGCAAUUUGGUCACUAUGGAAUGGUGGAGUGAUCUUUGGCUAAAUGAAGGUUUCGCUACAUUUAUGGAGUUCAUGUCUGUGCAGUCUACUUUCCCUGAGCUUGAAGUUAAUGAUGAUUUCUUGAUGGCUCGCUUCAGGGCGAUGGCUAAGGAUUCAUUAAACUCCUCUCAUCCCAUUUCAUCCUCUGUAAGCACUCCUGAAGAGAUUGAGGAAAUUUUUGAUUCAGUGUCCUAUGAAAAGGGUGCUUCUAUUUUGUUAAUGCUGAAGUCAUGUAUGCCUGAAGAAGAUUUCCAAAAUGGCAUAAUUAAAUAUUUAAAAGACCAUGAAAACAGAAAUACAAAGAAUGAAGACUUGUGGGAGAGCAUGUCCAAGGUCACAGAUAAAACAUCAAGCAUCUCCAGGAUGAUGAAAACGUGGACUGUACAGAAAGGAUUUCCUCUUGUGACUGUUAAGAGAAAUGGCAAAAAUGUAUCUUUUCAGCAGGAAUACUUCAGGCUGAGUGUAGACCCAAAUAAUUCCACCAUCAGCAAUUCUCUGUGGCAAAUUCCUUUGACAUAUAUCAACAGCACCUGCACAAAUUAUUCAACCUGCAAAAAUGUGUACAUGCUAAGAAAAAAAACAGAAACAGUGACAGUUCCCAGUGAAGUGGAAUGGGUUAAAUACAACAUUAACAAAGAUGGAUUCUACUUAGUUGAUUAUGGCAACAGUGGUUGGCGUGAAUUAAUUAAUUUAUUAAAUAAAAGCCAUUCCCUUCUCACUUAUCAGGACAGAGCCUGUCUAAUCAGUGAUAUUUUUGCGCUUUCAAGACUUGGAAGAGUGUCCAUUCAGCAGGUUUUAGAACUUACCAAUUACCUUACUGUAGAGACCAACGCACCUCCAGUAAUGGAGGCCAUUUUUCACUUUAAUCGCAUUUAUAGACUUGUGGAGAAACGGGGACUGUGGAUGUUAGCAGGAAGAAUAAAGUUGAAGAUUUUGAGUCUUUUUGGAAAUCUUAUUGAUAAGCAAACUUGGGCUAACAAUGGCUCCCUGGCAGAUCACAGGCUGAGGUCCUCACUUUUGAAGAUUGCUUGUACUUAUCAGCAUCAGUCAUGUUUGGAAAAAGCAAGAAGCUUAUUUUCUACCUGGAAAACAUCAAGAAAUAAUAUAAGCUUGCCUGCUGAUGUCAAGAGCACAGUAUUCUUUGUCGGUGCCAUGUCCGAGGAAGGCUGGAACAUCUUGCUGCAGGAGUAUUCAGAAUCCAUGUAUGAUGCAGAAAAACAUAAAAUAUUGGAAGCUCUUGCAAGCACUCCAAACACUACAAAGCUAGUAUGGAUGAUGCAGGAUAGCUUAAAUGGUGGAAUAUUUCGGCCACUUGAUCUUCCUACAAUUCUCAGUGCAGCCUCAAAAACCCUUUCUGGAUAUUUGUAUGCAUGGGACUUUGUGAAAGAAAAAUGGGAUUUGAUAAUUGAAAAAUUUCAUCUUGGCUCCUUUACUGUACAAGAUAUUGUGACACAAACAACAUGUGAGUUUUCAACAAAAGCCCACCUGCUUGAGGUUGAAACAUUUUUUUCAUCUCAAAAAGAUAAGGGCUCCCAGUUAAGGAGUGUCCAAGAAGCAGUUGAAAUAAUAAAACUCAACAUUCAGUGGAUGGAUAUGAAUCUGAAAGCUCUGUCUGACUGGCUUUAGCUCUCAAUGUUGUGGUUAGCAGUUUAUCUUGCUUAUAUUGUAACACCCUAACAUUUAUGUUCUGGUUCCAAAAUCCAUUCACUGCAAAGAUGGUUUUUUGCACUAAUAGGAGCUAGCUCAGGGCCACUCCAUUGUGUCAUUUGUUUAGAACUUUAUUUGCAUUGUUAAUUUGGUGUACUUUAUGCUGUAGACCAAAACAGAAAUAAAAAAAGUAUAUAUAGAUAUAUUAAGGAAGAGCUGAUUGAAAAAAAAAAUAAAAAAAACUGCAGUCUUGCUUGCAUGUCAUAUAUAAUUUUGAAAAUUCAGACUUUACAAGUAUGAUUAAGAGAUCAUUCACUCUGAUGCAUUAACAUGUGUCAAUAUACUUGUAUUUAUUGAGCUUAGCUAUAUGCGCUUGGGGGUGGGGGGUAUUUACAUUCAUAUAGACAUUUAGAUAUAUAUCUAAAUUCUAGACAACUGAAUAUGUUUAUGGUUAAAAAAAAAUGUUUAGACAAAAAAAUGUUAGCUUAAAACAUUUGUGUUUGCUUAUUUUAUGUGAUUUUUAUGUAUAGAGGACCUUACUUUUUUGAGGUUGAUUUAAUAAUAUCUACAAAAGGGAAAAAUAAUCUUUUUGAUAAACAGAUAAUUUGUUUAUUAUUCAACAAAACACCCAUUGUUUAGUUUCAGUAAUUUGGAACCACCGCACUUACUAAACAAUAUAUUCUAUAGUUUCUGAAAUUGCUUAAAUUCUGAUUGAAUUAAUGUUUAUUCAUCAAUACAGGAUAAAUUAUGAAUGCAAAUUUAUUUAACUUAUUCCUAAUUCCAUGACCAUUUAUGAGUGUUCAAUUUACAUAAUAUUUAACAACCUCUUGUUUUCUUAAGCCAAAGAUUUUAUAAGUUACCACAUUUAUAAACUGUACAGCUCUGCUUUCUGUCAUAAGGAAUCAACAUCAGAUUGGGAUUUAUUUAUUUAAAGAGAACAGUGUUCAGUGAAAAUUUAAUGGUGGAGUUUGUGUAUAAUACAUUUUUUUUUCCUUUCCUUUUUUUGGCUUAUCCUAGAGAAUGUUUCUGUAACAUUAGUGCUUAUUUUAUACACUCUGAUUUAUUUUUGUCCUAAGAAAUAUUUUUAGCUGUCAGAAUAAUAGUUAAUUAAAUAUUUAGAAUUUCUUUUUAUAUUACACAUCAUCAGUUUGCAAUUAUAUUUUUCGUAAAACUUUAUAUUAAUCAAAAGUGAAUUUUUAGAAUUAUGAAUGUUGUGUUUCUUCAAAAAUUUACAGCAAAAUCUUUGAUUGUAUUUAUCAACACUUUUGCCAAGUGAAAAUUAAUUAUUUUUUUGACAAAAGUGAUUAGUUAGACACAUAAACAUUAAAAUUGAGAUUGUUACCAGUAGGGGGAGUACUGAUGCUGUAUUAUGGGUGCUUAAUAAAAAGUGACCCUGCCUAUAAGUUUUCUAAUUUUUAGUAGUGUGCCUGAGACAGUUUUUAAAUUCUCUUAUGCAAAUAUUAUAUUUUAGAAGUAAGCUUGGCUUUCAGUUUUUUUUAUUAAGUCUUUUACUCCCAUUUUUAUUGUGCAGUACUUUGAAUGUUCUAAUUUUAGCACACAAACCAUUAUUCUUCUACUACUCAAAUAGUUUUUUGCUAAAUUUUGCAUCUGGUCAAGCCUGUAAUAGUAAUUUGAACUUUAUAUUGAGUUGUUUAGGUUUUUAUUUUAAAGUUCAUGGUUUUUUUUAUUCUUCCCAGCAUUAAGUGUUUAUAUUAUUUAUGGUAACUCUCCUUUUUUUUAAUUCAUUGAAGUCAUUACCAAAUCUCAAAAAGAAAACAAAUUGUAUACUUAAUUUUGUUUUAAUUUUGAUAGCCUCAUAUUUACAAUAGAAACAGUAGUAACACUUAAGUAAAUCAUAAGUGUACUGUAUAUCCAUACAUUUUCUCAACAUGCUUAAUGUAGUUCUGGAUUGAGGGGAGCUGGAGUUUAUCAUGGUAGAAAUUGGCACCAGAAAGGAAACAAACUGGUCAGUGCACUGGCCAGUUGUAAAGUGUGCUUAUGAGACACCAGUACUGACUUUUCAGGUUUGUAAGGAGUCUAAUAAAGCUUAAUUUUAACUGUACUAUAGCAGUGCUAAGGAUACAUUUGGCGUUUUUCAAGUCAAGGCUAUUUCUUCUCAAUCAAGUUAUUUAUUAAUUUGAAACAUGAAAUUUUGUUCUAAAGUGAUUUGUGUUUUGUUUAAAUACAUUUUUAAAAGGUACAUAGCCUGAACUUGAGCUUAGAGGUGAAUGGUAUCAGGGUAAAACUGAAGUUUCAGAUUUUCAUUUGGCAAAUUAAUAUAUACCAUGACUGUGAAGUCAAAGAAAAGUACCAAACUUAUUCUUUAGAGUGUUGUAAAUGUUCAGAUUAAGUGAAGUAAUAGUGUGUUUCCAUUGCUGACAGAAAAGAGAGUACUAAAAAGUAUAUUUAUCAUCUUGUAUAAAACCACUCUGUUCAGAAAGAUUUUUCAUGUGACAAAUAUUUAAAUAUUAUGUGAAUGGCCUUAUUGUGUAUUCUUUUAGUUACAGACCUUUAGGUAUCUAACUUUGUUAGCUUGCAGACAAUCUUAAUAGUUUAAGUUAGCGGCUAAGGAAACAAUCUGCAGGCACCACAUUAAAGAGUAAACCUGUUUUAUUACAUAAUGACCUGCAGUGCUGUGAAAAUCUGGGACUGAUUCUUGCCUUAGAUCUAAUCUUCCUGAAGUUUUCUCAGAUCUUUAUUUAACUAAGAACAUGAAAGGAUUGAGUAGUUGGAUGGUAAUUAUUAAUAAUAUUAAUUUAACAAUAUGUGAAGAUGUAGUAGUAGUAGCUACUUACAAAACCUUUUGUAUUUAGCAAUGCACAGUACAGUUAAUAAUCUGUUUUAAAUAAGCAAGGUAUAUUGCAUUUUAGCAGCCCUUUACUAGUUGUAUUACCAAGUGAACCAUCAAAGAAGCAAAACAAAGGACAUGCAUCUGUGACAACUGCCAAUAGUGAAAUGGGAUUGGAAAAACAAAACUAUAACAAAUUAGAUUUAUGAUUGUUUCCAUUUAUUUUAUUUGGGAUAAAAGAUACGUGAGCUGUAUGUUAAUGUUUGUGUUUUUAUAAGUAUUAAUUUAUCUUUUUCUUUAGCUUGGUUAAAAUAUUUGUUUCUUUUUUUAACACUGUAGAUAAGAGUUGUGCACAAUAUUAUUCUUCAUUUAUUUUGUGGGUGUGCUUUUGCCCUCCCACUUAUAUCUCAGGUUCUAAAUAAGAUUUGUUUUAUGUCUGCAUAACAUUUGCAGUGUAAACUUAGUGGUAAGCAAAAAUCACUAAAUGUGUGUGUGUAUAUAUGUAUAUGUUUAUAAAUAUAUAUAGACACACAUUAUAUAAUGUUAAUAUAUGCAUGUACAAUUUUAUAUAGUAUUUAUAUGUUUUAUAAUGUUGUUAGCUUAGCAGGAAUUUGCCAUCCUAGAGACAGAAAGACACGGUUUAUUGAGAAAUCAUCAUUUAGAGGCUGUGUAUCUGUCUGGCAGAAGAAGAAAAAGUUUGAAUCAGGACAUUUUACUUAUUAUUAAAACAUUACCUUGGCUUGGAUAAUAAUUUGGAAUGUAAGUUUCUGGUCAGGUUAAUUAUAUAUUUGUAAAAGCAAACUUAGCAAAUGCCUUAUUUUUGUCAUUUAAGAGAGACUGAAAAAGUCAAAUUAGUUAGUUAUGGUUUUAAAGUGGCUUCCAGCAUAACAAAAUGCACGGUUAAAGCCCUCAUUUCAAAGUGUGUCUGCCUUAUAUAGGGCCAUUGCUUUUUAUUUUUUGUUGUGUUUUUAUUUCAUUUUAUAUUUUAAUCAAUUCUGGAUUUUUUUUUUCUUGUGGGUUAAGGUAUUGUUACAUAGCAUUUUGAAGCCUAAGCUGGCAAUCAUGGCAUAGUAAGCACAAAAGAAUUAAUGAGUUGUAUUUAUAUAUACAUAAAUAUAUUUUAUUUGUUGAAAUGUAAAAUUUGAAGCUUUUUGAAAUGUUAAUGGAAAAUAAUUUGAAUGAUAAUUGUAUGACAGGUGAAUUGCAAUAUGUGGAAAAUGAUAAUAUGGCUUGUAUUUUUGCUCAGGCUUGUAGUUCUGAGAUUUGAAAUGAUUUACUUCCAGGAGAAGGUUGCUUGUUUAUUAGUUUGUUUGUUUCUUAUAAACUCUUUAUGUCCUAAGCUUACAGUAGCACUGAAAUGCAGGCAUGCAAUGCAGAAACACUGUGCAAUUUUGUGAUAGCAAAUAAAUAUUUCCCUAGAAUUUCCA